UUCCGAGAACGCCGCUCAGAGGCUUCAAGAGGCAAAAGAACAUCUAACUCGACAGCAUGACUUGGCCAUGACCCACGUUCAGAAAGACCACGAAGAUAAUAUUCGCGUUUUGCUCCAGCAAAUUCCUAGCGAAGAGGAAAAGGCAGAGAUGCAGCGGGUUCGCCAGGACCUUGAAGAUAAGAAAAAAGAGCUUGAGAGGCUUGAAGUGCUUCGUCAAGAAAACGAGAGUCUCAAACAGAUUCGCGUUUUGCUCCAGCAAAUUCCUAGCGAAGAGGAAAAGGCAGAGAUGCAGCGGGUUCGCCAGGACCUUGAAGAUAAGAAAAAAGAGCUUGAGAGGCUUGAAGUGCUUCGUCAAGAAAACGAGAGUCUCAAACAGAUUCGCGUUUUGCUCCAGCAAAUUCCUAGCGAAGAGGAAAAGGCAGAGAUGCAGCGGGUUCGCCAGGACCUUGAAGAUAAGAAAAAAGAGAUUGAGAGGCUUGAAGUGCUUCGUCAAGAAAACGAGAGUCUCAAACAGAACGCCGCUCAGAGGCUUCAAGAGGCAAAAGAACAUCUAACUCGACAGCAUGACUUGGCCAUGACCCACGUUCAGAAAGACCACGAAGAAAAUAUUCGCGUUUUGCUCCAGCAAAUUCCUAGCGAAGAGGAAAAGGCAGAGAUGCAGCGGGUUCGCCAGGACCUUGAAGAUAAGAAAAAAGAGCUUGAGAGGCUUGAAGUGCUUCGUCAAGAAAACGAGAGUCUCAAACAGGGAUGUAAUUGCAAAGGAAAAUGCAAACGCAAUUGUAAGUGUAGGGACAGUGGACUUGGAUGCGCUUCUCACUGCAGCUGUCUACCGGGGAAGUUUGCUAAUAUUCCUAAGGCGCCUUAGACGCCCAUGUUAUUCGAGAGUCCUGAAAAUUCACCGGAAGUGCAUACAACCGGAAACAAUAAACCCAGCGAACAGCGAAGAGUCCUUA